AUGACAAGUCGUUCCUCUCUCCCCCAAAAGGCUUUUCAAGGUAUCGCGGCGGGUAUCGGUCUUAUUUCAGAGAGCAUAACUGCUCACAAGGCCAAAAAGGAUAAUCAGACACCCGCAUCCCCCUCUGAAGAUAUACCAACGCAGUCAAUCAGUCCAGGGGCGGAUGAGGAUCUCCCCCACGAGCUCCCGGCGCAUGAAAAUGAAAUAUUUGAACUGCCAGCCACAGCGUUAGAGGAGCAAUGGGCUCUUGACGAGGCUCAAGAAGAGCUCCUCCAUACCUCCGAGCCCUCAACCAAUACCCCUCCAGUAUACACCGAAAUUGACGAAAAUGCCGAUCAACCCAAUCUCGCACAUCAAUUUGCAUCUUCACAUCCCGCACCUCCGGCGUAUGAUUCUCUCGAGAAUGCUCCCCGACCGAAACUAUCUAUACCUGUGGUCUUACCACAGCGCAGACCCAAGACUCGAGAUCGUGGCUUCAUCCGUGCAUAUUCCCCGGUACUUGAAGAGUGCGGUAUUGACCAAACCAUGUUCUUGGACUUUCUCAAUACCGCAGAGAAAUCAUGCCAGGCCACUCCUUGGCUCCACACAAUCAACUUGGCUUCGAUCGGAACAAUGUGGAUGCCCUCUGUCACCGGUAUUGCAGUCUCAAUCGCUAUACAGAUUACCACUGAUAUUGCUAUUGUCGCUGAUGGGCGCCGAAGAACAAACUCCUUUUUCACUCAGAUCAACAAGGAAUUCUUCCAGCCUCGCGGGCUUUAUUGCCUUAUCAUGACAUGGAAUCCUGAGCUAGAAGACAUGCCCUCAACCGCUAUAAAUCUUAACUCUUUGAUUUCCGAGGCUUCAGGUACAGGUGAUACCGGCACGUUCAAACGCCUCCAGCGCAAACUGAAGUCUUCAGAUGGGAAAACAUACGGAAACAUGUUCCCUGAAGUGGCCCCUCUAGUCUUCCCAGAGAUCGACCAGCUAGCAUCCGAUCCUAACGCAGAGAAAAGGUUAUCCAAAAUGAAGAAAAAGGGCCAAUUCGUCAGCGGCUACAUGGACAAGAGGGCACAGGCAAAAUUUAUCGCCAAAAAUCCCGACAGCCAUUUAAAUCAAGGAUUAAAACCUACCUUCACCUCCCGAUAUGCGGAUCCCAACCACCCCGCCAGCAGUGGUGAUCCACUCGCAUUAGUCACAGGCGGGAAGCUCACAAUGGAUAAACUACAAGGAAUGAAAGGAAAUCGGUGUGGUCUACUACGUGAUCGCCGAAGCUUCUCGUCUCAAUCAGAAGAUGAUGGUUACAUGCGAUCAUACUCCAAUUCAAAUGCCCCGGCGCCACAUGCUCCAUAUGGACGAGGUUUUGGCUUAAGAGACGCUAUCAACCAAGUACGAGAUAUGCGAAACCCACAAAGUCCACCGGAAUCUUUAUCUCAAGACGAUAUGUAUUAUGAACGUCCUAGUCUUCGGAUGAGAGGGUCCUCUGGUGGUCAAAGAGAACGGAACGGACCACUUUCGCCAGUCUCUAAGCUAAUGAAAAAGGUAGAGUCUACUUGGUUCAAUUACAGGCAGAAUAUAUGCUAA